AAGGCUUUUGUCCCAUGACAGAGAUUUGAAAGGCUACGGAUUCGGAUUCCAGCGGAGACUCAGGCCUGUAAUCAUGUUUGAAAUGUUCCCUUUCAUAAUGCUCCUUGGCUGCAGUGGAAAGCAAGCAGGCUAGGGGCUCGCCUGCAGAAAAGCCCAUCACCUGUUGGGGCCCAGGCGGAGGAGCGCGCGGGGACGCGGCCGGCCGCCGCUGCGCCGGCCGCCAGCUCUGCCCACCAUUGCAGCCAGGACCAUUCCCGCUGCUGAGCGGCUCCGGGUGCUCCGGGAAUGCGGCGCGCUUAGGGGGAGCUUUGCGCUGGGGGAGCCCGUUUCCUUUCUCCUCCCAGAGGCUCGCUCCGAGAGUUUCGAAGCUGCACUUUCAAAGUUUUGAGAGGAGAGCUCGUGCGGUAGGCAGGGACAAUGGAGGAAAACGAAAGCCAGAAACUUGAGCUGUGCCUGGCUCACUCGACAGACAGCAGACAGAUGAGGGAGCAGGCAAAAAACAGUUUGCAUGUAACAUCAUUAGAUGAUGCAGAAUGUCUCCGAUCUAAAGAGCUCCUUACGACUCCGAAUAGUCAUACGUCUAAUUCAAAGUCUACCCGCAACAUCCCUCGAAGACAUACGGUAGGCGGCCCUCGCAGUUCCAAAGAAAUACUGGGAAUGCAGACAUCAGAAAUGGACAGAAAGAGAGAGGCUUUUCUUGAGCAUCUGAAACAGAAAUAUCCCCAUCAUGCUACAGCAAUAAUGGGACACCAAGAAAGACUGAGAGAUCAGACAAGAAGCCCAAAGCCGUCUCAGAGCCCGCAGCCCACUUUGGGUGAUCAGACAGAGCAUCUCUCCGACGCAUCUGCCAACUCCUUAGAAGCCAUGUCUGAGGGCGACUCUCCAACCCCGUUCUCUCGGGGCAGCCGCACGCGAGCAAGCCUUCCCGUGGUGAGGUCGGCCAACCAAACGAAGGAGAGGUCGCUGGGUGUUUUGUAUCUUCAGUAUGGAGAUGAAACAAAGCAGUUGAGGAUGCCAAAUGAAAUCACAAGCACAGACACAAUUCGUGCCCUUUUUGUAAGUGCCUUUCCCCAGCAGCUGACAAUGAAAAUGCUGGAAUCACCUAGUGUGGCCAUUUACAUCAAGGAUGAGAGCAGAAACAUAUACUAUGAAUUGUGUGAUGUAAGGAAUAUUCAAGACCGAUCUUUCCUUAAAGUUUACAACAAAGAUCCUGCACAUGCAUUUAAUCAUGCUUCCAGAGCUGUAAAUGGAGACAUAAGGAUGCAGAGGGAAAUGGCUUAUACAGGCCGAGACGGGCCAAGCGGCUCCCGGCCCAGCUCCGCCGCGCACCCCUCGCACGCGAUGCCCAACUCACCGCCGGCCACCCCGGUGCCCCACUCCAUGCCGCCCUCGCCGUCCCGCAUCCCCUACGGGGGCGCCCGGCCCCUGGGGGUGCCGGGCAAUGCGACGAUCCCCAGGGACAGGCUCUCGAGCCUGCCGGCCUCGCGGUCGAUAUCGCCCAGCCCAAGCGCCAUUCUGGAGAGGAGAGACGUGAAGCCAGACGAGGACAUGAGCAACAAAAACCUCACUCUGAUCCGAAACGAAGGUCUGUAUGGUGACCCCUACCUGUUCCACGAUGGGAGGAUGAGUGUGGCAGCGCCCCACCCCGGACACCCCCUCGAUGUCCCCGAUCACAUCGUAGCCUACCAUCGCGGGGCCAUGAGGUCAUCGAGCACUUACUGUAACCCCUCCAUGCCGCCCGAGAUGCUGGAGCAGUCCCUGUACCGACAAAAGUCCCGCAAGUACCCGGAGAGCCACUUGCCCACACUCGGCUCCAAGACGCCUCCUGCGUCGCCCCACCGGGUGGCUGACGUGCGAAUGGUCGACGUGCACCCUCACCACAACGCCCACGUGCCCCCCCUCGCCAUCCAGCCCGACCGGUCCUCCCCCGGCCGCCAGUCCUUCAAAAAGGAGCCCGGACCACCCAUGUUCGUGGAGGCGAAAGCGCGGAGCGCCCUGGGUCUCCCUGGCAUGGCCGAGGUGGCGCCGAGUCCGGCUGACAGACAGGCUUUUGGCUACGGGUCGCCUGCGAUGCCCAAGGACAAGGAGACCAGAGAGAGGAUACAAGCCAUGGAGAAACAGAUUGCCAGUUUAACUGGUCUUGUUCAGUCUGCGCUUUUUAAAGGGCCAAAUACAAGUAAUAGCAAAGAUGCUUCUAGUGAGAAGAUGAUGUUGAAAAUUGUGUCCAGCAAGAGCAGCAUUGAUACUGCAGGCGCUGCUCCCGCGUGCAGCGGGAAGACGGGGCUUGGGAGCGUGGACGUGGCCGCCAGCCUGCACCCCGUGGGAGCCCCGGCCAUGCAGCUCAGCCUCCACAGCAUGAAGCGCAGCGUGUCCGACCUGCGCCUGCAGCUGCACCAGAUGAAGCAGCUACAGCUGCAGAACCAGGAGAUGCUGAGGGCAAUGGUGAAGAAAGCAGAGCUGGAAAUCAAUGGCAAAAUGAUUGAAACGGUGAAGAGGCUUGAAGAUCCUGUGCAGCGACAGCGCAACCUGGUGGAACAAGAAAGGCAGAAAUACCUCAGCGAGGAAGAAAGGAUUGUAAAGAAGUUAUGUGAGCUGGAGGGAUUUGUUGAAGACCUGAAGAGGGACUCCACAGCCACCAACAAGACAGUUACACUGAAAGAUGUUGAAGACGGAGCUUUUCUUUUGCGUCAAGUGGGAGAAGCUGUUGCCACCCUCAAAGGAGAGUUCCCGAUGUUGCAGAAUAAAAUGCGUGCAAUCCUCCGCAUUGAGGUAGAAGCCGUGAGGUUCCUCAAGGAAGAACCACACAAGCUAGACAGCUUGCUGAAGCGUGUGCGCAGCAUGACAGACAUCCUUACCAUGCUCAGGAGACACGUUACAGACGGACUGCUGAGGGGUGUGGAUCCCUCCCAAGCUGUGCAAUACUCCACUAUGGAAAACACCAGCACAGCUGAAGCUCUGAAAAACCAGGAGGAGCUCAAGCAUGCCCAGGGACACACACAGCAAAACCUCAGAGCAGUUUCAGCAGAGUCCCAAGUGUCAUCGGUCAAGUCGGAAGUUGUCCCCUUCUCAAGCAUGACAGUCCAUCAUGUGCAGAGCUCUCCUGUCGUCAUCCAUCAGUCCCAGCACUCAUCAGCCCUGCUCAACCACGGCCAGGGUUCUCCUUCCACGGCCAGCCACAGUGAAGGCCUGCCAGCGAACAGCCACCCCACAGCCACCUCCCUGGAGCCAGCAACAGGAACCCAGACCACACAAGCCACUCCGGCACCGCACGUCUCUGUCAAUGGUGCCACCAUGCAAAGCCUUUUCAUCGAGGAAAUUCACAGUGCGAGUACCAGAAACCGAGCUGUAUCGAUUGAGAAAGCAGAAAAGAAAUGGGAAGAGAAAAGACAGAACCUUGAUCACUAUAAUGGAAAGGAAUUUGAGAAGCUCUUGGAAGAGGCCCAGGCUAAUAUAAUGAAGUCAAUUCCUAACCUGGAGAUGCCUCCCCAGCCAGUCACCAUGACGAAAGGAGAUACAGUGGAAAAGUUGGAAGUCUCAGAAGACAUUCAUGAUGCAGAACAGGAGAACGACAAGGUGACCAAGUCCCCACCACCCCCACCUCCGCGACGCAGUUACCUGCCAGGGUCUGGACUAACCACAACGAGAUCGGGAGAUGUCAUCUAUGCAGUCAGGAAAGAAGCAGCUGCUGUCAAGGAAUGCAGUGAAGACACUGGGCAAACAGUGCAGUCCAAAGCCCCUAAGGAGGAUCAGGCUUUGUCUCAGAGCACAGGGCUUGCAGCAGCAUCAGCUGCAAAAGAUGAAGAUGAAGAAGAAGGAGAUAAAAUAAUGGCAGAACUACAGGCUUUCCAGAAGUGCUCUUUUAUGGAUGUAAACUCAAACAGUCAUGCUGAACAGUCCAGAAAUGAUACACAGGUUAAAGACAUAAGGCCUGGGACUUUAAUACAUCACAAGGAAAAGAAGAGUUCGGAAUUUUGCCCUGAAGAAAUACAGGAAUCAGAUGACAACUUCAGACAUGCCUCUGCAGCUGUAAACAGAGUGGUGUAUGGGGCUACAACAGGACCUCCCACAGAUAGUGACCAUCCUAAAGAGAAGAGGGAAGGGAAAACUGAAGAAGAAUUGGGUUCUGAUUCAUCCAGCACAGCUGACAGUAAAAUUGGCUUUUCAAUGAAUGACAGUCCUACAUUUAGGAAGGGCUUGUUUGUAGACAGUAGAGACUAUUCUAACAAAAACCUCCAGAAUGUGAGCACAAACCUGUCUGGUGUCAGUUUGCCAGAGGAUGACGGAAGAAGAGGGGCUCAAGAUAUUUUAGGAUCCCAUUUUCCAACUGUUGAAACUGGAAAACAAAAACUAAACUAUGGACUCCCACAAGAUGCUCUCCAGGGCCUGUCUACAGGCAAGCCCCCGCAGAGCAUGGGCAAGCCUGUCCCCAUCAGCAGUGUUGCCCCUCUCACGAGGCAAAUGCAGGAGGCCUCGGCACCUCCUGGUUCCUCACAGGAGCAAGAGUCAUCUGCAGUCAACUACAGCCAGGUCAUGCUAAGACCUAAAGUGUCUAGAAGUAAUAGUGUGACCUACACGGAAGAGACAGACUCUCCAGCCAGCUCUCCAAGUGAAGACAACCCACCCACAGAAAAUAUUGCCUUCAUGAUUACCAAAACAGCUGUCCAGGUCCUCUCAAGUGGGGAAGUUCAUGAUAUAGUCAGCCGGAAAGGAGGAGAUGUGCAAACAGUGAACAUCGAUGCAAGAAAGGACACAACCUUGGAGAAAGGUCUCCCAGAAAACACAGACAGUGAAGAACCAGUAGUGUGUCUGGACAAAAAACCAGUCAUCAUCAUUUUUGAUGAACCAAUGGAUAUUAGGUCAGCAUAUAAACGGCUUUCUACUAUAUUUGAGGAAUGUGAUGAGGAGUUAGAGAAAAUGAUGACAGAGGAAAAGAUAGAAGAGGAGGAAGAAAAUGAAGAAAAUGAAGCACAUGAAAUUCCUAUGAUCCAGAAGGAAGAGCCACCAGUAGUUAAUGACCGAAAAGCAAGUACAGCUUAUUCAGCAACUCAUGGGCUCAAUGAACAGUAUAUAUUUAACCUUCAGUCAUCUUCUGACUCUGCAGAAACCAGAACUCCUGAGGAGCAGGAGAACAUCAAGACCAGUUUUAACAAAUAUAGUCAAAUUUACGGGCUGAACACAGAAACAAACUUGGACUCUGCUGAUCAAUUUGGAAGCAGGCAGGAUUCUAAGAAAAAAUUUAAGUUUAAGUUCCCUAAAAAGCAGUUGGCUGCUCUGACUCAGGCAAUUCGUACAGGCACCAAGACUGGGAAGAAGACCUUGCAGGUUGUGGUCUAUGAAGAGGAAGAGGAAGAUGGGACCCUUAAGCAGCACAAGGAAGCGAAAAGAUUUGAAAUCACAAGGUCUCAACCUGAGGACACUGACAAAAGUCCCCCCGGCAAGCAAGAGUCCCCUCCCAGACCUGCAGUGUCUCUUUCUAGGACUGACGAAAUUCGACAGAAUACCUACCGGACGCUAGACAGCCUUGAGCAGACUAUAAAGCAGCUGGAGAACACCAUCAGUGAAAUGAGCCCAAAAUCUAUCCCCGAAAGCCCACACAGCCCUGAGGGAAGCACUGUCCUGUUCUCUGCCCAGAUAGUCCCAGAGACCCCAGCUCGAGAGCUUGUAGUGCUGGAUGAGAGCCAUGCUGGCGUAGAGCCCUCUCCGCCAAUCCCAGCCACUUCACGUAAGGGCUCGAGUGCUGCCUCGCAAACAAGCAGGAUGCCAGUGCCCAUGGCUUCAAAAAGUAGACAAGGAAGCAUGGAGAAAGCAGGCAAGCAGCACAAGCUACAGGAUCCACGCCAGUACAGACAGGCUAAUGGAAGUGCUAAGAAAGCUGGUGGGGACUAUAAGGCUACUUCCCCUACCCUACCUGCUUCUAAGAUCCCAGCCUUUUCUCCCACUUCUGGGAAAAGCAGCUCUGCACCCGCUUCUAGCGGUGACAGCUCUAGCCUUCUUACUCCACCUACUAAAACCUCCCUUCCUUCCUCUAACCUUCUCGGUCCUCAAACAGGUCGCAUAACUUACUCCACCUCCCUGAUCCCCUCUGUGGCUAAUGGCUCCUCCAAGUUUCAGAGCCCCGCUUUCACAGGGAAAGGUCACCAUCUCUCGUUCUCACUACAGACGCAAAACGGCCGGCCACCCCCCCCUUCCUCUUCUACCUCCCCCCCUUCCUCUACCUCUCCCACUGCACUGAGCCAAGGUAUGAAGAGCAUCAGGACAAUCCACACACCUAGCUUCACCAGCUACAAGGCACACAACGGAAAUGCCAGCAAGUCCACCCCAUCCACGGCCAAGGAGCCAUCCUAAAGGCUAAGCACAGCACGUGCCCGAGUUCACCAAGGCUUUUUUUCUGUUCGUUUGCAAACAACCUGCAGCCAAUAUUUUAACCAGGGAAUGUAACCAUUUUGCUGUAUUGCUGGAGGCUUAAUACUAAUCAUGUGCUAAAUACUGGAUUAAUACAAUAGAUUAGAGAGAAGCUUUUUUGUAAAACUUUGUUGCUGUUGUAAUGAUAAAAGACCAUUUUCUUCCUAUAGGCAGCACCUCUUACAAAAAAGUGUGAAGGUGUGUGAGUGAACCUGAGUGCGUGUGCACAGAGGUGUACUGAGCAUGGGAAAACGUAUGGUUAAAAAUUUAGUAAGUUGUUUUGUAUAAAGCUAUUUUUCAUUAUGGGGACUAGAAGUGAACAGAGAUAUACUAAAGUGUGAUUAUACACAACUGUAAAACUGAAACUAAAGUAUUUUUCUUUUAUUUUGGUGUUAUUUAGCUUUGUUACAGAUUUCUAUUUUUGUCAACAAAUGUCAUGGUUCCUUUCGAGAUCUUUUUGCCAAAACAUUUUGAUACUAUUAUAAUGUACAUUCGAAAGUAGUAUGCUGGACAGUAUACCUCUACACAAGAAACAGAACAAGACUGGUCUUAGUGUGUAUGAGGCAACUCAACCUAUUGCACUGCCAUUCAGAUUAUAUUUAAGAAUUUGCCAAGCCAAGAAAAAAAAUAAAUUGUUUUACGCAUGUAGGUAGUUGCUGAUUACUUUUUUUUCUUAGCUAAAUCCACCCUUUUCCUUCAGUUUUGUUUUACUGAGACCUGGUAACCCAUUAAUGUAUUGCGUUGUGGAUUUUGAAAUGUACACUUCUGUACUGUUCUGUAUACUGGCAAACUUUUGUACAUAUCUAUAAAUAUAUAUAAAUAAAUAAAUACUGUAUGUGGCUGGGCACAUAGAGUAGUUUUACCACACCAAAGUUAAUUUUUAUGCAUGCUUUCAAAAUAUAUAUGGGGAAGGAUUGAAAAAGAUGGAUAUCAAAUAGGAAAAAAGCAACAAGCUUGCAUAGAGCUCAUGGUUUUGUAAAUAAAUUUGUAUAACACCAUAAUGUAAUAUACAGAACUAUGAUAAGCAAAGAUCUUUACAAAAAUAAAGGGCUGCAUGCUUA